AUGAGUCCGGCACUUGGAAUCCCUUUGCUUCUCCUGUGUACAUUCUCAUUAGCAAGUGGCAACCUGAUCCAGUUUGCUGACAUGGUCCGGCAGGUAACGGGCAAGCUUCCAUCGGUUUUUUUCAAUGGGUAUGGAUGCUACUGUGGAGUGGGAGGCUCCAAGCAACCUCUGGAUGAAACUGACUGGUGUUGCCAUGCCCAUGACUGUUGCUAUGGAAAGAUGUCAUCGCUCGGCUGCAACCCCAAAUUGGAGACUUAUUCCUACUUUUUCUCGAAAGGGGCCUUAUUUUGCAGCGGGAAAACCAUGUGCCUUCGGAUGAUCUGUGAGUGUGAUAAAGCAGCUGCCCUUUGUUUCCAUAGAGCUGCCAAGACCUACCGCAUCAGAAAUGUCUAUUACCCAAACAUUUUCUGCUGGGGGGCCACUCCUCCUUGCUAG